CUGGAUACCAUCCGUGGGAAACAAACUGUGUGUAAAAUAAACGGAGGUAAUUUGUGUAGAUUUUGCACAUGUAUUGUCUAUGCGGAACAAGAUCGAUGGAUAUGCCGUAAUUACGUGGAGGAAAUUACUCCGUUACACAGUGAAGAUCGGUACUUGACUUCUUUGGAAUCCCGUGGAAUCACUUGGAUAUAAUAUUUAACGGAAAAUUAUCUUCUAUUGAUAUUCGAAUUUGACGAAAGCGUCAAAAUCUUAUUCGGAGAUGCGAGGAAUGUGAAGCUACCUGUUUCACUUCAGUGUUUGGCGAUCGUGUGGAUUUCUGCGUGUCGUCGUACACACACAAGUCGCGUUGUGUGUGAAUUCGAGUGAGCGGUGUGUGACACAACAAUAUGGCCACCGACAUCUGCUGUGGAGUGGGAAAACAUGCAUUGUUUAUGUUCCAUACUCAUCAGGCAUCAUGAAUUUCAGAGCAAACUUGAGAGUAGCUUCUCCCUGGUUUCCCCCGUAAAGAUUUUAGGUGCCUCAUAGUUAAUUCAGAUGUAGAUAUUGAUAAUAUUUUUAGGUCACUGCAGUGCAGUAGUUUCACUCAGCCGCACUGACACAUGGAUUUAUACUCUGGAAAUAUUAUAAAAAGUGACUUAUAUGUAAUUUCUCAUGCUGCCUGUGGAUUAACCUUACACUCAAGAGAAGAAGAAGGAAAAAGACUUCAUAAGACUUUUGCAGGUUUGUGACAACUGCGUCAAUCGGGGCGCAAUGCAGAAGGGGGCGGCCAACUCCAGGCCGCAGAUUUUCGUAGGGAGCCAUAAAAAAAUGCUGCAGAACAUCUCGGAGAGUCUACGUCACCUCCAGGUCAACCAGUCUAGUGAUUCUAGUGGUAGCGGGGCGCAACCGCCCUUGCCACAAAAUGGCAACCAUGCCAACGGGAGCAACUCAGGGGGAGGGCAGGGUGCCCAGGGGGAUGGGGUACGCCCUGGAGAUAAGAGUCGGAGGGCAUUUGGGGGACACAAAGAGAAGCUGGACAGAAUUAGAAACAGUCUUCUUCAGGCCCAUGAGAAUGGAUUCGAUGGGGAGACAAUAAAGACACAGUAUCACCAUCAGCAGCCUUCACCUAUCCCAUAUGAUGAAGUAACUCAGCAGGAAGGUGGAUUGAAAGUCUCCCAGCUCUCCAGGCUGUAUCAACAGCAACAGCAGCCCAAGGGCCCUGACUCCCCAGAUAGUAGCAUCAGAGACAGUAGUAGCUACGCCAGCAGUACAGACAGUUCCUCAAUCAGCAACGGCAGUGGUUUCCGCUCCAUCCCAACAGGUUAUGGGUUGAAGCGGAAAUCUAGCUAUGAUGACAGAGGACAGCCAAUGAUACAGUCCAACCCACCCGGGGAGACCUUGCAACAUCCAUCACCCUACGGUCAGCAGACUUCCCGUCAACAGAUCUACUUAGCAAGUGGUGGUGACAAUGCCCGCAGUCUUUCAUCCGUAUCUUCAAACAACUCCUUCAGUGAUGGCAGGACUUCUUCCAUUCAACAGCAGCAGCCACAGACUGCUUAUACAGGACGUUCGUACACAUCCACGAUGGCCCAUGGUGACAGUUUGGUAACGAACGCGCAGGCAAUGCCUUAUGUGAAAGCUGUCGCUCCUGCGGGUGACAGUAGACUUCAACCGCAAUGGAAUGCAAUGAAUUACAGUGGUUAUUCUGGACAUUCAAGAGAUAGUAGCGGGCAAAUUCAUAUAACAGCUAGUAGGGCGCCAUCAAGUAAUCUGCAAAGCACAAACCCUAAUAGGUCUGGUGCACCUAUGGAAAGGACAAAUCUAGCAAAUAGGCUACACGUAGGUAAGAAUGGUGAUGUGAUUUACCAGUCGUAUGUGAAUCCAAAUAGAGACAGUUCAGGGUAUAAAUCUAGCCUGACUAUGAAUAGGGUGCCAGGGGCAGCUGAUACUGGUUAUAACCAGUUAACAAUCAAUCCAGAGGACAGAACUAUCAAACGUCAAACUGUUAUCACAAUCUCGACGACGUCAUCGACGACAUACUCAACGGGGAAGACGUUUACCGUAUCAGAUCCUAUGUCAUCACACAAUCCGCCUCCUUAUCCUCAAGGAAGGACUUAUAAUGUCCAAGCCGCAACGGCAGCUGCACAAGGUCAAAGCAUUCCCCAGUCCAAUGGAUAUGACUUGGGACAAAGACAUGGAACAAUGACGAAUGCCACCUAUGCAGGGCAAGGCACACAUGUGUCCAGUCAGUUGGCAGUUCCACGUAAUCCACCAACUGGUUUGAAUGCAGCCUACAAUGGACAGGGUACCAACAUGUCAAAUCACCUAAAUGUACAACCUAGUCCUACACCUACAGAGCAACAUCGAAGCUGUGCACAUAUAAUGAUAUUACCCGCAGACAAUCAGCCUAGCAUUUACAGUCCAGAUAUGAUAAGUGCUAUGAUAAAUAAAACUCAGCCUCCCCCAAGUUAUGAAUUCAGUACCCAAAAUCGGCAGACCCCAAAUUCAAUUCAGACUCAAGCAGGUCAUGUCGGUGGGCCUCAGCAAAGAGGAGGCACACCGACCAUGACUCAAUCGCAGUACAAUACAGCAAGACUCACUCCGCAGAAUAGUCAGGGUCCUAGCAAUAGCAGUACUGUAUUCAAGCCAAUCCCAUCACAGAUGGGAGGCAACGUGGUACAGAUUCAAACCCAACUCCCGCAACAUCAUCAGCCUCAGCCGGCAGUUGUGACAAUUAGUCGUUUAGAACCAAACAAUGAUUUACCAGGAAAUAGCAAACCACCGCCACCAUACAGGCCGGCAGCUACUGUGCAGAAUGUGGAGACGAAGGCCAAAGACUUGCAUCUCAAGGUUCCAGUUGCUGCUGCAGUAAGUUCAACUGCCGUGCCAGGGCCUGGUUACUCCUCACCACCUUUUCUUCAGUCUGUUAGCAGUACCCCAGUGGCAAAACCUGUCCUUCAGAAAGCUCAUGGACCUGAUCAGCCACCACCUGCAAGAGGUCCAUCACCAGACACGAUCAGCACUCAAAGCACUAGCACACAGAGCUCUUCCGCAAGAUCAGAAUCCCCUCUUGUCAGACCUCCAUCUCUUAUUUCAGAGAUUUCAGAUGGUUGUGAUUUGGAGAGUGCAUCUAGCGAUUCCCAGCCACUCGAGAAGAGCAGGAUCGAAUCUCCUGUGCCUGAGCGUAGGAACAAGGGUAGGCAUAAGGAACGGUAUGAGCCUCGUGUCAGGGUCUACAGACCGGAAGCCUAUAAGUUUUACAUGGAGCAACACGUUGAGAAUAUCCUCAAGUCGCAUCGGCAAAGAAUCAAAAGGCGGAUGCAACUUGAGCAGGAGAUGCAGCGUGUUGAUCUCACCCCAGGGGAUCGCGACCAGAUGAGGCGGAUGCUUUUCCAGAAGGAGUCCAACUACCUCCGCCUCAAGCGUGCCAAGAUGAACAAAUCCAUGUUCAAGAAAAUCAAAACCCUUGGCAUUGGAGCCUUCGGUGAAGUGGCUCUUGCCAGGAAAGUUGACACCAAUGCCUUGUACGCUGUGAAGAAGCUACGGAAACUAGACGUCAUACAGCGUAACCAGGCAGGCCAUGUGAAAGCGGAGCGGGAUAUCCUGGCAGAAGCGGACAACGAGUGGGUAGUCAAACUAUACUACUCCUUUCAAGACAAGGAAAACUUGUACUUUGUGAUGGACUACAUCCCAGGAGGUGACUUGAUGAGCCUCUUGAUUCGCCUUGAGAUCUUUGAGGAGGACCUUGCAAGGUUCUACAUUGCGGAAUUGGUCCUGGCCAUAGAAAGUGUGCAUAAGAUGGACUUCAUCCAUCGAGACAUCAAACCAGAUAACAUCCUGAUUGAUAGAGAUGGUCACAUCAAGCUCACUGACUUUGGCCUUUGUACUGGCUUCAGAUGGACCCAUGACUCCAAAUACUAUCAGAAACCUGGCCACAAUAGAACGGACAGCAUGGAGCCCUUUGACACCAUGGACCGAGGAAAAUGUGGGUGCAGUCACCACCAUUUUGAUGCCAAAGAGAAGGAGCAUGACCGUGCCUCUCAUGACAAGCGCCCUCUGAAGACCCUUGAGAGGAGAAAGAAGCGUGAGCAGGAACGAUGCAAGGCCCACUCCCUGGUUGGAACCCCCAAUUACAUCGCCCCUGAGGUUCUUAUCAGAACAGGGUAUACUCAGCUGUGUGAUUGGUGGAGUGUAGGUGUCAUCUUGUACGAGAUGUUGGUUGGUCAACCUCCGUUCCAUGCAGACUCGCCUGCCGAGACCCAGUUUAAGGUUAUCAACUGGAAGCAAUACCUUCACAUCCCGUCCCAAGCCAAGCUCAGCCGUGAUGCCUCUGACUUCAUCCGCCGACUCUGCACAGGACCAGAGGAGCGCCUGGGCAAAAACGGUGUCCUGGACAUCAAAUCGCAUCCGUUCUUCCAGACCAUAGACUUUGACUCCAACAUCCGCAAGAUGAAAGCCCCCUACAUCCCCACUGUCCGCCACCCGACGGAUACCUCUAACUUCGAUCCCGUCUCGCCGAAUAAGCUAGGCUCCAACUCCAGCACAGACAGCUGGGACAGCAACCCUACCGAAGAGGAGAAUCAUCGGCAGCAGACGGAUCAUGCCUUUUUCGAGUUCACCUUCCGCAGGUUCUUCGACGACAACGGGCAUCCGUACCCGCUGCCCAUUGACAUCGACUCGCCGCCUGGACCUGGUGAGAUGGAGAGAUCUGAAGGGGAUGGAGCAGCUGCUCAGAGCAGCACCGACAUGCAAGACAUGGACUAUGUCUGAUAAAAAUGAACAACAGUUCAUUUCCUUCAUACAAGAUGACAGCAUUUGAUAUGCUGUGCCUCGUUUGAAUUGUCUUUUCGUGUUUUCUGUUGUAUGGUAUGUUUUCAUUAGAAUUUCCUUCCCCUCAAAGGGGUCAUAAUCUUGUUGGUUAUGAUUAUUUUGACUUUCAUGAUUUUCAGCUGCACCGUAAAUAUGAAAAAUUUAGUGAAUUAAAUUUAAUAUGCCAGUGUCAGAAAUUUCACCUAAAGAUCCAUGUGAAAGUGGAUUAAAGGCCUUGACAAUUUAAUGCAAUUGCAGUAGAUCCUUUUGAAAACUUCCUUCGAGCACAUGUGGGUAUAUAUUACUUGGUUAAUACUUAAACCUCGCCUCUGAAAUUUAUAUUGAUGAUCAUUCUAAAUGCUAGACCGUGUUUUGUAUGUAUUUUUUUUCAGCCCUUUGGUUAGAGCUACAUUACACACCUUUAUUGGUUGUUUGUUUUAAGAGGGAAUCCAUAACAUAUUCAGUUGCGUGACCUCCGUGCACAUCCAAGAUGGAAUGUGGUGACAUUCAACACGCUUGAAUUGUCAGACCACGAUCCUUGUCUCGGUGGUGUUCACACGGGGAGUUAUAGCACUCUGAAAUAUGUUUUUAAUUGACAUUUCUGACAUAUUUGUGAUUGGAUUACUAAGGUGUGAGGGUUUCUCUGUGGGUUUGAAGACUUUGAUGGGAAUAAAUUGAAUUUAUUAAUUCCUACAAUUUGAUGACAUGCACAGUGUAUUUGAGUUGUUCAUGGCUGUCAAGCACUUGUUGCUGAUGCUAUGCUGUUUUAAUGGCCUCCUUAAUUAACAAUUUUUUUAUUUUUUUGGGGGGAGGGCAUGUUUAAAGGUGUAAUUGUUCAAUAUUACGCAUCAUUCAUGUUUCCAAAACAACAAAAAUCAGAGGGCUAUGCCUAUCCUGAUUACAUAGUGCCUACGUAACCCUGUGUUAUGGGUGACAUCCAGAGAGCAUAUAUUAACACGGCAGAUUACAGGCAUUAGGCAUACAAUUGUUAUCAGCUUUAAUGUGUGUAUGUGUAGGAGGACACCAUUGUCAUGGUACAUUCCGACAUGCCUGGAAUAAUUGAUAUUUAAAGACAAGAGUUGAAGAGGUCGGGGAAGUAAGCCACCAGCCGAGUUCAGGGAUAGUCAUCUUACAAAACAAGACAUGGUAUGCAUAGAUAUAAGAGCUAGAAGGCCGUUAAAGCAAAUUCAUAUUGUUGGUUAUUGCAUUAAUGAAGGGGGCAAAUCCCUUUUUAUUAGGUAAACGAUAUCAAGACAGCAUGCAAAUGAAACGAGCUAGAAGGUCAUUAUGGAAAUUUACAUUGUUCGUAAUUGCAUUGUAGGGUCUCAAGUGUACCGAAGACACGAAAUACAAAAGCGGGCAAAUCCCUUUUAAAAUAAGAAUUUUGUUAAUGAUAUCAGUACAUGACAUUCAAGAGAAAUAAGAGUGGAAACAUUGUGAAAGGUUAUUGUUAGUAUUGGUAUUAGGGCAUUAUGUGGUGUUAACUUGUACCUGAAAGAGUUUGGUGUCGAAAGGGGGCAAAUCCUUUUUAAGAAAAUUUGGUUAAUAUUAUAAAUUAUUUCCUCUAUUUGGAAAUAUUAACAUUAUGGGGAGUUUUAGUAAAUUUUGUUACUCUGUCACUCCUGCUAUCUGUAGGUUGGUGGGAUAUAAAAAUACAGGAUUGCCUCCCUCCCAAGAAUUGUCACUAAAGAGAAAGUAUUCAGCUCAUCAUUAGUUUUGAAAUAUUAACGCCAAGUAUAAUAGUAUAGAUUUUCUGGAUCCAUGUUGCU